AUGGGAGCAAUUGAAGAAGUCAAAUCUUCCUUGGCCAAGGCUGGUCAAGAACAUAUUUUGAAUGUAUUGGAGCACGGAACUGCGGCGGAUCAGGCAACAUUAUCCCAGCAGUUGAGCACAGAACUUUCAAAUGUGGAUUUCUGUCAUCUUAAUAGUAUCCUUCAACACAGUCUAGAGCACAAGAUUACAGGGGGUGCCGCUCUAGUAGAGCCACCAUCUAAAGAUUUUCUCUUUGACGUGGAAGCCGAACGCCAUCAUCAUAACGAUCGUAUUUUACACUUGGAGACACUUGGCUAUAAUGCGAUUCACGCCGGACAGGUUGCAUUUCUUAUUUUGGCAGGUGGCAGUGGUACAAGAUUGGGAGCAGAUGUGCCUAAGGGAUUGUUUACAUGUAAUGGAUUACGAUUGAAGAAGCCGUUAUUUCAAUUACAUUGUGAAAGAUUACGCAAACGUGAAGAACUUGCAGCAGUUCACUGUGGAGGGGUUCCAUCUGGACGUAUUCAGUUACUUGUGAUGACUUCUUCUCAAAAUGACAGACAAACACGGGAAUUUUUUCAAGAAAAUAAUUUUUUUGGACUUGUAAAGGAGCAGGUACACUUUUUUCAACAAUUCUCUCUUCCUUGUUAUGAUGAAAAGACGGGAAAAAUACUUAUGGAAUCCUCUGGUCGUAUGUGUAUUUCACCAGGUGGAAAUGGAGGCGUAUACACCGCAUUAUCAACACCACCAAAUGGUGAAAAGAUUUCUCUCCUACAACGAUUGGAAGAACUCGGAGUAAAAUAUAUACAAAUCGGUAAUGUGGAUAAUCUUCUUUCUAAAAUGGCGGAUCCAUUAUUUAUUGGUUAUGCCGUAGAAGAGAAAGCACAUGUUGUGGUAAAAUCAAGCCCAAAAGUUUCCGCAGAAGAGUCUGUUGGUGUUUACGCACGUAUGGAAGGAGAAUGGGGUGUUGUGGAAUACACAGAAAUAGGGAAAAGAGCAGCUGAAGUGGAUGCCAAGACAGGGGAACUUAAGUUUAACUGUGCUAAUAUUUCUUGUUAUCUUUGUAGUCUACGGUUUUUACAAGUUGCGGCAGAAAAGAUGAAAACCUUUACCCAAUAUCAUGCUGCCCAUAAAAAGAUUUCCACUAUCAAUGGCCCUGUUAUGGGUGUUAAAUUAGAAGCCUUCAUUUUUGAUCUCUUCAGGUUUGUUAAAUAUUGUUAUAUUCCCCCUAAAACCGGUGAUGAUGGAUUUCGUAUUAUGCAAGUUAACCGAAAUGAGGAAUUUGCCCCAAUUAAGAAUGCAGAUGGGCAUCAAGUGAUACACCAAUGGAAGCAGCACGACUUUUAA